CAUAGCCUUACUGGAACCCCAGCAAUACUGCUGUAAGACUAGCUUUGGUGCAACUCUGCAAAGCUCCCGCGAGCUCGGUACAGAUCUGCUCUGCAUUCCGUUGCCCGGCACCGCGAAACAGCUAGCGCGCUUACCGGCUUGACACAUAGGAAUUGACGUUACGCCGAAAUUAUCAUAGAUAGGGAGCUAAGUCUUGGAAGUUCUGUGGAUCGCACUUUGCAAGAGUGAGGUUUUCCUGACAAUCGGCGUUGGGCAACAUGGAGAACUACACACGGGUUCAUAAGCCCCGAGAUGACGGACCUACUGCUGAGAACGAGGUUCGCAUUCGGUCUACGGAGCAGACACGCGUGUAUGUCUCGCUUGCUCUGAGCUUGCUGCGCGAGAAGGGACACCGCACAGUUGUCCUGAAGGCAAUGGGCAAGGCUAUUAACAAGACGGUUGCCAUCGCCGAGGUGCUCAAGCGGCGUGUGGCGGGUCUGCACCAGCUCACCGAGACCUCCAGCAUGACCCUAGUGGAUGACUACGAGCCCAACGAGGAGGGGCAGCAGCAGGGACUCAACCGCAUCCAGGUCUCCCGCAACGUCUCCGUCCUCACCAUCACCCUCUCCCUGGACCCGCUGGACGCCUCCCGCCCCGGAUACCAACCGCCCCUGCCGCCCGACCAGAUCAAGCCCGACCAGCCGCCCCGCGCUGCUGCUGCUGCUGCCGACGCCGGCCAGGACGGUGGCGAGGCUGCGCGUGCUGCUGAUGGUGCGGGUGGGGAGUUGGAGCUGGAUGAGGUGGAGCGGCAGCUGCUGGAGGAGCGGGGGCCGCAGCGGGGCAGGGGCGGCGCGGGGGGAGCGCAGGGAGGCCGGGGAGGCGGUCGCGGGCGCGGCAGGGGACGUGGCAGGGGUCGCGGGCGCGGCGGUGCUCCCGCUGGCGGUGCGGAGGAGGGGGCCGCGGGCGGUGCUGCGGAGGAGGGGGGCGCGGUUAGUGGAGGCGAGGGCGCCGGCGAGGGAGGCCGCGGCCGCGGCAGGGCCAGGAGGCGGGGUGGCCGCGCGCGCAACGGUAACGGUAACAACGGUGAGGACGCGGCCGCUGCAGCUCCCGGCGAGGCAGGUGCGGAGGGCGGCGGAGAGGGCGGCGCGGUGCCCAGCGGCGGCCGCGGGCGGGGCCGGGGCCGCGGGAGAGGACGGGGCAGGGGCCGCGGCGGGCGGGGCAGGGGAGCGGAUGCGGCUGGUGGUGAGGGCGGAGAUGCGCCAGAGGCCGCCCAGCCCCCAGCAGCUGAGAUGCUGGCUUGAUAGACGAGAUGGAGGAUGAUGGGGUAGAGGGAACAGGAACAGGAGCGCCAGCCGCGGAUUGAGAGUGGGUCUUGACUUUCAUGGUUCCAAACACUAGUUGGCGUUAUGACGGUUUUCGGAUGCGUCAGCGCAGCUGUGUGCGUGUGUUGCUUUUUGCUCGUGCUCAUUAAGGCAUGUCAGGGGGAUCAUGGCGACGAGUUGAUGCGUGGAUGCGGACAUGCAUGGCAGGGUGCAGCAUGCUUGCGUGGCCUGCUUGGCGGUGGGUUGUAAGAUAGGAUGUGGCUAAGGAACGGGCUUUCCCUCCGUGCGACAUUUUGCGUUGUGCUUGCUUCAUGGGAGUUGAACCAAUUUGUGGGGGAAACGCGUUUCAAGCAGACGGGCAGUUUGGUAAUUGCGUCAUUUGGUGAUGGCGGUAAACACCGGGAGGCCUCCUCGCGCCGGCAAGACUGCUGGGCUGCUGGAAGCAGAGGGUGGCGGGUGUGGUGGCGUUGACUAGCUGAAGUGGGAGGGAGUUCGGGUUUGCAACAUGGUCUUUCAUGAGCUCAUGAGGGUGUUGAAGUAGGCAGUGCAGGGGCGUGCGUUCGGUUUAAGGCGCGCUGCAGUUGUUUGCGCGACUGGAAUUAGACAAGAGCGUCUUCGAAGAAUGUGUCAUAGAAGAAUGUGUGCAUACGGUAUGUGUGCUUUGAGGCGAGCGCUCUCACGCAGAUUUAGUAAAACCAGUGAGGGGAACCAAUUGCUGCAAAGCCUGGGGGCUUGAGAUCCUGGUCUUGACGAAGAAAGCAAUGUUGUAACAAAUCAGUAUCC